UUUUUUUGUUAUAUUUAUCCAUAAAUUAUCGAUAUCAAGAUAAUGUAUGUCGAUUAGAUCGUUAAAACGAUAUUUUUCGUUUUCGGCAUAUUGUUGUUUGUUUGAGUCAAUCAGUGUCCUUAACACGUGCAUCCGUUCAACCUCUGAAUUUGGCCAUGGAAUCUGUAAGAGAGCGGAAUGUUCAUGUUGCUAUAUUAUGUGAACAGGCUGAGCGAUUCGAUGAUAUGGUUAAAGCUAUGAUUGAAAUAGCUAAGAUUAGCGAUUCUGAGCCCACAGUCGAGGAACGAAAUCUUUUGUCUGUUGCGUUCAAAAACGUCAUUGGUGCCCGCCGAAAUGCAUGGAGAGUGUUCAAUACACUUGAAAGCAAAGCGGAAUCUAAGGGGCCAAACUAUUUAAAGCUCAUCAAAUUGUUCCAAGAAAAUGUGGAAAAGGAGUUGAACGAAAUAAGCUCGACCAUUUUGGAUCUUCUGGACCAUGACCUGAUACCAAAAGCUACUUCGACAGAAUCGAAAUCCUUCUUUAAUAAAAUGAAGGGUGAUUACCAUCGCUAUAGGGCUGAGUUUUCUGUUGGGGAUCAGCGAAAAGAAGCAGCCGAGAGCAGCCUUUGUGCUUACAAAGAAGCAACGAAGGAUGCUGAAAAACUUGCUGUCACUCAUCCCAUUCGACUAGGCCUUGCUCUGAACUUUUCAGUGUUUUAUUAUGAGAUUCUUAACAAUCCCACCAAAGCAUGCGAUAUUGCAAAAACAGCUUUCGAUUCAGCUAUUGCUGAACUGGAUACACUAUCAGAAGAAAGCUAUAAGGACUCGACCAUAAUUAUGCAACUAUUAAGAGAUAAUCUCACACUUUGGACCUCAAAUAGUGAAGGCGAAAAAGAUAUUGCUGCUUCUCCAAAAGGCGACGAAAAGUGAUCUGCAACUAUUUCUUUUAGUAAAACUGACUGUUUAUUUUUACUCUGUGGAUAUCUGUAAGAAAAAAGCUUCAUUUAACUUUUCCAACUGGUCAGUAUUUAUAUUGUCCGCUAAAAUUUUGCAGAGGUUAUUCAAUAUAGAACAACUUGUCUAAAUUUUCUACUUUGUUCUAAUCUUGGGUCAUGCCAGGGUUUUCAAAUCUACUUUGAAUAACGGCUUUUCGAUAUGAAAUUAAAAUCAAUAGAAGGUGGAAGUGUUUAGCUAUUACACAAAACAUUUGAAAAUCGGGCAGUCUCGUAAAGUUUCAGAUCAGCGUUGCAGUCAAAAAUCAAGCAGUGUAAUUCACUAUGCUUGUCGGAACGAAACAAAUGAAUUUUCUUUCCGCUGAUUGGUUAUAAAUGCACUGCAUCUAAUUG